UCGAGGUCUCCAGUCGUAUGGCGCGUCUUUCUCAUUUGCGGCAUAUUGAAUGACGUGAUCUCCAGUUGAUUUCAGCGGCGGACACGCGUUUACGGGCAACGCUUUGUUGAAUAAUCCACGGCUAGAAUAAUACACUACAGCCAUUAAGAGAAGACGGUCACAGUGGAUUUAAUGACACUCCAUCAAAGCAUCACAGUCUGAUCACGACAUGGAUGGAUACCUGCCACCACAGUUCCAGACCUUGGCCGACCAUAAGAAGUUUUGUCAAGACAAUUCCCUGAUGAUGGACCAAGGCGCGCCAUACAGCAUAAACAUGAAUGUUUUCUUACCCGAUGUCACCUACCUACGGACUGGCAUGUGCAGACCUGUGAGGUCCACGGUGCCGCAGAUCAAGACGGAACCUCUGCAUUCGUCUUUCAACUACUCCGGUUGCCAUGGUGCCGUUGCGCCUACUGUGGCGCACCAAGACUACACGAACAUCUACAGCCCGGCUGCGGACGGAAACAACGUUUAUAUCAAGCACGAGACACAAUCUCUCGAAUUCCCUGAUGUCCCCUUGUUUCAGCUCUUGAAUUCGGAGCUUGACCCCAGUGUGCCUGGACCCCACUCUUGUUCGGAUUCCCACAAUGUCGUUUGCCCACAGAUGUCAAUGUAUAAUAACAUUCAUCCACCACCCGGUCAUAUUCAUACAGAGAGAUCACCUUGUAAUAUGGGCAAUGCCGGAUACCCUCUACCUGCCCAGGUGGUCCAGCAGCAUCCUCAGAAGAGAGCAGCCUAUCUACCGCCCUCCCCUCCGAAUUCUGAACCCGGCAGCCCAGACAGGAGGAAAGAACUCAUACAGAACCUGUCGCCACCUCCAUCGUAUGCUAUCAGCAUAGCGUCAAAAAUGUCAGGUCUUACCCAAGGGCCAGCUCCAUCUGUCCAAACACAAGUAGGUCCUUCCCAGUAUAACCGCAGGAACAAUCCCGAUCUCGACAAAAGAAGAAUACAUCACUGUGACGUACCAGGCUGUAAGAAGGUCUACACCAAGUCCUCACAUUUGAAGGCCCAUUUACGGACACACACGGGCGAAAAGCCAUACAAGUGCUCGUGGGAGGGGUGCGACUGGCGGUUCGCCCGUUCUGACGAGCUAACGCGCCACUUCAGGAAGCACACAGGGGCCAAACCUUUCCAGUGCGCCGUAUGUAGCCGUUGCUUCUCUCGAUCGGACCACCUGGCCCUCCACAUGAAAAGACACCAGAACUAGAGGCGCCCGGCCUGGUUGUUCUGACGGUGCUGCGGGAGGGCUAUCAGGACCUCUGUUGAUGAUACUAAUUAGGAUUUGGGUGUGUUGGUUAAUCUUGGGUUUUGGCAGUUCAUCAGGUACAACAGGACCAAACCUUGCCGCCGGUAUGGCUCCUGUGGUCACAAAACCAGCUAAUUGAUGAGAACUUUGCUCAUCUGCCAGUUGAGACAUUCUUUUGUUGAUUUGUUUGUCUUCAUACUUUGAGGUCAUUAUUUAUGACAUAUGACUACUUUUAACGUGCCUUUUUUACCUUGUAGAAUUGAGGUUCCACGUGAUAAUGUACAAUGUUGGGAAUUUUAGUCCUCUUACCUAAAGAGGUUGGGUCGUGAGGUAAAUUAUACAGUAUAACAAAUAAUUUAAGAACGCAAGUUCACAAGCACUUAACUAUUAACAAAGCUUCAAAAAAACCUGCGGGAACCAGAAAGUUAUUAGAAAAGUAGCAUCAGAACACCAAAGAGUUGGAUUCAGUCCGAAGUGUUUCGAAGGACGAUUUGAUAGAUAACUGUAUGAAAGAGCACAAUCUGAAGUUUGAUUGACUCCUUUGUGCCGUCUUCUGUAUUUUCCUGAAAUGCAAUAAGUGGUACAGAUGCUGUAUAUUUUCUGCCAUUACAGGUCAGAUAUCGAUUA